CUCCGCGCCAGGUUCGCUUCUCAGUGGAAACGCAAUGUCUGCAUCUUGAACGCAAGCAAGUCUUGAUAUGCUUGCCUGUGGCUUAUGGUCACUGGCUGGCGUAGUCUCUGUUUGGUUCAUUGGGUAAGAUGAGUCAUUCAUCAUCAACGUAAGCACGUCAGAAGGGAUCGGACUGAACGUGCAUCAUACGACUAGGAUCAGGAUAACCAUGCCUAGUCUAUCCAUUGAUCGCUAUGAUUGUGCAUUGGAAGUAGCAUUCAUGAUCAUUGGCAUUCGUGUCCUUUGAGAUCAUCCCGAUGACAGUCGAGCACGAGGCUUAGCGUGAGCCACUGAGAACAGAACAACACGACAUCCGAGAGGCUUGAGCCAUACAUGACCAACAUACUAUAAUAUCGUUAACAUCGUCCGCGUUGUUAAGUUUAACUCCGAAUGCGAUAGCUGGCAGAAACAGGCUCUCGGUCUGUGAUCUCGUUUGUUUCGUCAAGAACCAGCACGAGAGUGACGCACUUCUACACUUAUGAGCAUGCCUUUCAUUUUCAAAAUGUCCCGCAAGAGCCGCGAUCUAUCACCGAUUCUCAGUGCUCACGUUCCUCAACUACGAGGACUAACCGUGUACUCGCGAGCUCCGAAAACUAUCGUCUGCUCGCUACUAGCUGUGUGGUGCCUUCUUUUUUUCGAGCCAGCAUCGGCCGUAAAGCGAAAAGACCGAGGAAAGACAAAAGAGAACAAGGAUGCAGAAUCUCUCCGCAAAAGUACGAAAAUCCCAGGGAGAAGGAGGCACGAGCAUCCAGAUGCAGAUGAGCGGCAGACUCGAAAACUUGAGCGGAUUCUCCUCGUACAGCAGCGACGCUUAGCUCGAAUAGAAAAACGAUUCCAGAAGACGCCUGACGCAGCGCACCAGAUCGAAAAUGAGAAAAAGAUGCAGAGAAUAGGUACUUACUCGUUUAGUACUCUGUCACUGUGGAUACGACUAAGAAACUUGUAGCCUGGCUUCAUAGAAAUUAAUACCAGACGUGACUUGUCAGUUGCAUCCAUAACUUUAAGUUUAACUACUUGAAAUGAAAAUUAUCAAUCUGUCUCAUGCAGUUGCAGGGAAUCAGAAUGAGAAACAAAUCCUCUGUUCUUGAGAAAUUGAUUCGGUGUUGAGAAACAAAGGAGCAGAAUUCAUCCUCUUAGGUUUUGACCUCGAAGGUCUCGAAUCAGAUAUCUCCCUGUCUGUCCACGAACUUUCUCGACGGCUGCAAUCGCAACACCACGCCGAAGAUCACGACCCUUUGGUGACGUCCUUGAAGACGCAUGAGGAGGAAAACAAAGAUGGCACAGCUGACGAUGGUGAGGAAAUACGCAGUCGAGAGCAUCAAAAAGCAGGAGAGGAAGAAGAGGAAGACCGAGAGCAUCAAGAAAUCCAACACCAAGCUGAUCCUGGUUCUCAUACGACCGAACAAGAGAACGAUGCUGAAACCCAGCACGUCGAGCGUGAGAAAAGGCUCAUUCUCGGCUUUGCAGAUACUAUGGCGCGCUUUGAGAAGCUGAAAAAGCGGGUAGCAUCAGAACUUGGCAUGAAAUUUUCGGAGAGAAAAGAGCACACCUGGAAGUACGCACAGGACGCUCUGCUCGCUAUGAAGCCCUUGAACCGCGCUUGGGCCACGACAAAAAUCCAGAUUAUGGUUCUAGUGAUUAUUAAUCUGUUGAAUACUGACCACUUCAACGUCAAAACCAUGUUUUUGGUAGUAGAUAGGAACCCGAUCCGUAUCCGAAAAAAACGAUGAAUUUGCUUUCAAUCGGGCAGACGUAGAAUAGCUAGCUUGGUAAGGUUCUAGUGAGUAAAAUCCCAAGAAUGUCGAUUAAGUGACCAGCGAUUGUCGUGUCUAAUUUCUGCCAAGCUGCGCUGCACAAGCUGAAAGAUCUCAGCGGUGCCGCCUUCGCGUUGGAGUCCAAUCUCGACCAAAGCGCGCAAGAGGACAGUCGCAACGUUUGGCGAGACUUGGUGCAUUCAGUUGACGAGUCCGCCUCUAGUUCCUUCUUCUUCUUACAAACAGGUAGUAGCGAGGAAAACAGAUCCCAUACAAGGAGUGAUAGUAUGAAGAACGAGGAACGGAAUGCACCUGUCUCUGGUUUUCCGCAUAAAGGUGUGGUAGAACUAUCUGCAGAAGAUGAUCAACAAACAAGUACGAGCGCAAAGCAGGACGACAAUUUGCUGCAAGAUGAAAUACCGAAUGAAGAAUCCUCCGAGGAACGAGCGGAUACGGAGUUUCUCGUCGGGGUGAAGGACGAUGUAGAAGGUAGAUCUAGAAGUAAGGAGGCAGUAGACGACGCUAGCGAGAGUGGGACCUCGAUUAGUGCCCAAGAAAGUGCUAAAGUAGCCGCACAUACAAAAAUGGAAACGAAGAAACUUCUUCGGCGUGAGAAGUGAUGUUGAUUUCCUAAUUCCACAACUCCAGUAGAUGUAGAUCACGAAGUGAAUUGUUGACCUGAUAUUAUUCGAUGUUCUUCUUUGCAAUUGCACACACUAAGUAAGAAAGACAGAGACAGCAUGUUCGACAUGGAUGCUCACUGUAAGUAUGCACAAAAUUGGAUUUGCUUCCAAGAAGAUCCGUCUUGCUGCAUACUGGAACUGCUUUUCAUAAUCUGAACUGCAUUUCGCUCAGCGAGAAAGUAUGGAAGUAUGAAUGUGAUAGUGAUUCUACAUCCAUCUUGUUAUACUCGCAGCGAAGCACAAGGAAAUGCAUAUGAGUUCUCGCUAAGCUAGUUCGUUGAUGACGUGCUUCUGACGAGGCUUGUUGCAUCUUGACCCUGUGUGCCAUGGAUCACUAAAGUUAACGAUUUGACAUUGCCUGAGUAUUGUACACCCCUGAACGGUCUCGUAGAGCUCGUUAUUUUUGCAGGCGUGGAGACCUGGAUGUUUAAACGAGUCGAUUACUCCAAGGAAAAGGUUCCCUGCCGCAGCUGGUC